AUGCGGAGCAAACAAAUGGAUGCGCUCCGCACACGCGUGGCCAGCGGCGGCGACCCCUUUGUCACGGACCAUUACGGGGUGAUCAUCGUGCAGAUGGAGAAUGCGGAGGUUGACUUGGAUGAGUGUCCACCAGGUUUGACACUGCCGGCGAUUCCGAAAGCUUCUCGUUGCCGAACCCCCUCCCAUGCCAGCAUUUCAACGGCGUCUGGCAGCAUCCAGGACGUUGCUGAAUCAGACUCUUCAACUCCACCUGUGUCGCGGUGCCCGACCUCGUCCCAGGUGGAUUGCUUCGCACCGGCGAUCUCGUCGGUUUCCUACACACUGCCUUCAGCGUACAAUUUGAACGACCAGUGGCAGUGGUUCCCUUCUUCCUAUGAUUGGAUGAUGGCGCCAGUGCCAACGGUGUACUGGCCUUUGCCUUCUUCCAACGCUUGGAUGGCGCCAGUGUCAACUGUGAACUGGCCUUUGCCUUCUUCCGCUGCUUGGGCAGCCCCAGUACCACCUGUGUACUGGCCCACAUUUUACAACGAGUUUCCUCAUCCGUGGAUGCCAGUCCUGCAGCAUUUCACGGGCUUGUCGACGCACCCUGCGUGA